AUGGCUGGGAGGGUUAGGAUUGAAGCUUUACGGGCAAAAUUGAAUGCAACGGGUGGCCGACCAGCAAUCGCCAUGGCGGCACACAAUCCUUUGUCCGCCAAACUGGUCGCAGAUGCCGCCGGGUUCGACGCCAUCUGGGCCAGUGGGUUUGAGCUCUCGGCGUCCUAUGCAGUACCCGACGCAAGCAUCGUGUCACCAAGCGUCCAUCUCGAAAUGACCAGGGCGAUGUGCGAAGUCCAAGACCUCCCUGUCAUCGCCGACCUGGACACUGGAUUCGGCAACGCCAUCAAUCUCGCGUACGCCGUCCCGAGGUACGAGGCGGCCGGGGUGGCCGGCAUCGUGAUUGAAGACAAGACAUUUCCCAAAGACAGCAGCCUUCGAAUUGACGGCCGACAAUCUCUUGUGACCGUCGCGGAGUUUCAAGGAAAGAUCGCUGCAGCCAAAGACUUGGGUUCCAUGCUAGUCAUUGCUCGGACGGAGGCUCUCAUCGCCGGACUGGGACAAGAAGAAGCCCUAAAACGUGCUCAGGCUUAUGCCGAAGCCGGGGCGGAUGCCAUCCUGAUCCACAGCAAGCAGAAAACGCCCGACGAGAUCCUGGACUUUUGUCGUGCCUGGCCGUACCAAGUGCCUUUGGUCAUCGUGCCGACCAGUUAUCCGCAGCUGUCUUUCGAAGAGAUAUAUAGGCUCACCAAUGGUAAGGUAGGCCUUGUCAUAUGUGGGAAUCACAGCAUCCGGGCCACAGUGGCGUCCCUGAAGCGCACAUAUGGGCAGAUUUUGCAAGACGGCGGGAUUGCUAGUGUAGAGAGGGACAUUGCGCCUGUAGCAGACGUCUUCGCCUUGCAGGGGGAUGCAUCUAUGAGGGAAUUGGAGAGGAAGUACUUGUUGUCGGGUGGAAACCCGUGGUGA